AUGUUUCCUUCAGUUGACGGUCGCCUUGCUAUCCUCGCCGUCUUACCUGCUUCCUUUGUUGUCAUCACAGCCCUCAAGAGGUUCAUUAGGAACAGACAGAACAAACUUCCCCCCGGCCCGGUGCCGCUCCCACUGUUGGGAAACGUCUUUUCUGUCGAUACCAAGGCGCCAUGGUUAACUUAUACAGAAUGGGCUGCUGCUUAUGGAGACUUGUUUUUCGUGCGACUUCUGGGCCAGGAAGUCGUGGUGAUCAAUUCUCAGCACGUUGCAGAAGCCUUGUUGGACAAGCGCUCUCGCAUUUACUCCGAUCGACCAUACUUAGCCACAGUCGAUCCAUUUGGUUGGUCGGUCGUCUUUGCAUUCACAGGCUAUGGUGACGAAUGGCGUCUUUGCCGACGACUUUUCCAUCAAACUUUCCGUCCCGACUCUUCGCUCAAGUUUCGUCCAAUGCAGAUCAAUCAGGCCCGUAGGAUGAUUGCCAAUCUAAUUGAUGACCCUCAGCAUUAUCAUUCCCACUUCGCAACGUUCUCGUCAUCAGUUGCGAUGUCAGUGACAUACGGCUACCAAACUAAUCAUCGUGAUGAUCCCCUGGUUCGAAUCGCAGAAAAUGCACUGGCUAUUGGCCUUGCAGCGCUGACCCCGGAGAGAGCAGCCCUUCUGAAGGCCUUCCCCUUUUUGCUGAGGUUACCUGACUGGUGUUGGGGAUCCUCAAUCAAACGCGAUGCUCGAACUUCGACCAAUCACAUGAGAGAAAUGACUGACGUACCGUUUCGACAUGCGCAGGACCAUAUGGUUUCAAUGGUAUCAGACAAUUUGCAUCGAAUGGAGAAGAUAAAUCAGGCGUCAAGACUCAUCUUCGAGACUGCCUUAAAAAAAGCAGCUGUUAGUGCUAUUGUAGGUUCAUAUGAGACGACCACGUCGACCUUGAUGACUUUUGCUCUCGCCAUGGUAUUGUAUCCAGAUGUUCAGAGACACGCACAAGCGGAGAUCGACUCCGUGGUUGGGCGGGAUCGCUUACCUACCUUUGAAGACAGAACGUCACUGCCAUAUAUUGAAUCAGUUCUACGUGAGACUUUGCGAUGGCAGCCUGUCGCACCCCUUGGCGUCCCACAUGUCACUACAAGUGAUGAUACGUAUGAUGGUUAUUUUAUACCGAAAGGAACAAUUGUCAUGUGCAACGUAUGGGGCAUUUCACGGGAUGAAAAGCGGUACCCCGAAGCAUCUCGUUUUAUGCCGGAGAGAUUCCUAGAUGUCAAUGGCGGGUUAACGGAUGAUAACCCUGCUGGAUAUGUUUUUGGCUUUGGCCGGCGUGCAUGCCCAGGCCGAUAUGCUGCUGAUGCCUCUUUAUGGUCCGCUGUCGUUACUAUGUUGGCCACGGUGGAGUUUUCUUCUGCCAAAGAUGACCAGGGUAAAGUGAUCGAAUUCACCCCCCAAUUCACGACAGGAAUCACUUGGUACUUGGUUUUUCUGUAUCAUUCCAUCUUCCCGUCACUAAUAGUUUCAUCGCUUUAG